AUGAAGUUCUCUGCUGUUGUCCUCGCCACUGCCGCCGCUACCGGUGCUAUCGCCGAUACUGUCUUCGACGUUACUCGAUUCGGAGCUAGAUGCAAAGAUGUCGACAUCUGGUGCAGUUACAGCUUCACUAUUGAGCCCGGCACUAUCGACUCCGAGCGCUACGAAUGCUCUGCCCUCGUCACCAAUGUUGAAUUCGGGGAACUUCCUGACACCGACGAAGGAACCUGUAAUCCUCCUUCACGAACCUUUGGAAUCGUCCGCAACGACGAGGGCUUUACUCUUACAGUAUCAGCCCAAAUCUCACCCGAUAGCGUCACCAAGGGCUCGUACCUCAUCCCCAAGAAGGACUUCUUCCAAUCCAAGGGCUCUCGGAACCAGGUAAGGUCCGAGUGGUAUAUUGGCUCCGGGAACUUCCCUCUUGAGCGUGUCGAUUAA